UUAAUUUGAUUAAAGUGGCACUUAUAAUAUUAUUAUUUUUGGAAUCAUGUAAUACCUCAAGCGAUAUUAACAAACAUAAACUACCUGCGAGUGGCCUAAGAGUAUACAUUAUUAGAAAUGAAUAUCGGACUAAAGCCAAUUGACAUAUUUAUUUUAACAGAAAACAUUUUUGGGCUCUACAAAAAUAUAAGCACGUGUAGCAAGCUAAGAAAAACAAUUGCAAUCACCAUAAUUUCUAUUGAAUUAUCUUUGUGUUUAUACGUUAUUUAUACUAUUGAAUACAAUAAUUUUAAUAACGUACUUUUGACUUUCUUCUUUCAGUUAAAUUCUAUUGUAUCUAUUUUGAUGUCCUGUUAUUAUUCAAAAGCGUGUAUGAAAUUUAUAAAUUGCUUAAAUUUCAACGAUAUACUUGUUGAUUUUUUACAUGACAAGAUAUAUUUCAAACGCAUGGCUUCACAUUUUAAAUUUGGCCUCAAGCGCAUCUGCGGAUAUAUAUUUCUUUAUAUUGUGACGAUAAUAAUUUCUGAAAUUUACGAUGUACACAUUGUAGUCCGCACAGGGGAACAAAAGGUUGUCCUUUUUGGCAGAGCACUAAGUGUGCUUCGUUUACAUGUUGAAUACAAUUUUAUAUGCUUUACAUUCCAUACUAUAUCUGAACAACUGCAAUGCAUAACGAGAUCUGUUGUUGGAAGAAAUUUAUAUCAUUGUGAAGAUGGCGACGUAACACAAACAAUAAGUAUAGAGAAAUGGCGCCAAAAUUACAUAAAUGUCAAAAAAUGCACUGUCUUCUUAAAUGAAAUAAUUGGCAUACAGUUGGCUUCAUCGUUUUGUAUCAUCGCAAUGCGCUAUAUUAAUACAUGCUAUUACAGUGUAGUAGUUUAUGGGCUCAAAGGCUACCUCAAUAUUGGAAUGUUGCUGUUUUACGGUGGGAUGUGCAUUUCCAUGUGGAUAAUAUAUGCAACCGUACAGGCAGCGCAGAGUGUACAAAACAGCGUCAGCGCCCUGACGCGUUGCUUAAAACUGCUUUUCGUAUUAGAACAAGCGAAUGAACAUACAGAUGAAAAUAAGCUAAAGAUAGUAAAACAGCUUUUGAAAAUAGUUACAACGCGACCAAUAAGUGUAAAAGCUUUUGGUGGUAUUGACGUCAACAUGACACUGAUUCCCUCGUGCCUCAACAUCGUCGCGGUCUACACUAUCAUCGCUCUCCAGUUCAACAACAUCGUGUAACGCGUCGCUCUCCAAUUCAACAAUGUCGUAUAACGUAAUGACCUAAAAUGUGAAAUGCCACACAGCCAAUAUAAAGAGUUCAAAUACACAACAAAAAAAAC